GUCGUCCGGAAUUCCUUCCGUGUUUUGAUUUUUGUUUUAUGUAUGGCCUGCAAGGAACCGUGCAAAACCCGUGUAUGCCCUCGCCUGUGCAAGCGUGCUUAACUAGUGGAAUUGAAAAGCUGAAAUGCCACGAUAGUUUCCACGAAAGUCUUUCGCAGUAACGAGUGCAGCACCAUAUUUUACGACGCGUGGUCUGAGUGCAGACGCGGCUGUCAAACUGCAUGCGCCUGGCGCGUGCUCCCACUUGGAAACGCCAGUGACCCCAUAUGUGGCCCGGCACCAUGACUGUUAUUAAAUGACGAGUAUGGAAGAAAAGUGUUCAUUGUUGGUGCGCACUUUCAACAUUGUUGUCGGUGCGAACGAAUGCAGCGGCCUUAGCACGGUGUACUUUCAAACUGCGAAGACAACUGGCAUGUUUGCAGCGAGCUCGGCAACGCCUGCGGCUGUUCUGCUGCUCGAGCUUGUUUUGUCAAGUGGGCGGAGUCGCAGAGCUGACAGAUAGGCAUCAUUCAUGACCCUCAGCCAUGUGGCAGUGGCUCCUCUGGGCGGCCUGCUGCCUGGCGGUGGGUGCGGAGCUUGUCCAGGAGUUUGAGGUGGCCGAGGGUGUGCCAGCUGGCAGCUUGGUGGGUGUCAUUGGGCGUGACACGGGCACUCAGCCGCCAUACCUGAUUGUGCCAGCACCUGGUUCAGCUGUGGACUCGGACCUGAGCAUAGACCAGGCCUCGGGACAGGUACGCACCAGCGUGGUGCUGGACAGGGAACUGCGCAGCGAGUACUCCUUCGUGGCAAUACCACCAAGUGGUGAUAAUGUGCGCGUCACCAUCCGUGUGCUCGAUGUCAAUGACAAUGCACCAGAGUUUCCUGUGGACAGCAUGUCACUCGAGUUUCCAGAGAACACACCUCGAGACGUUAAGCGCACCCUCAGUCCCGCACGAGACCGGGAUUUGGGUGAGUUCAGCACGCAACACUAUCGAAUCGCUUCUGGAAAUGUGGACGGGGCCUUUCGUCUGGCCUCCCAUCGAGAGCGCGAUGAUGUGCUGUAUUUGGACCUACAAAUCAGUGGCGCCCUGGACAGAGAAGCAACGCCCUUCUACAGCCUGCAGGUGGAGGCCUUUGAUGGAGGCCGGCCACCACUGCGGGGCACGAUGACAGUCAACAUCACCAUCCUUGAUGUCAACGAUAACCCACCUGCCUUCAACCAAAGCCGCUAUGUUGGGCGCGUGCCCGAGAAUGCCAGUGUAGGCACCGCAGUGCUACGUGUCCUUGCCACCGAUGCCGAUGCAGGUGACAAUGGCCGUGUGCGCUACGCCAUCAACCGCCGCCAGAGUGACCGUGAUGGACUGUUUGCAAUUGAUGCCGAGUCGGGCCUAGUGUCUGUGAGCAAGCCUCUGGACUUUGAGGCCAAGGACACCCACGAGUUGGUGGUGGUGGCACGUGACUGCGGUGACCAGCCUUUGGAGGCAACUGCCUUUGUGUCAGUGCUGUUGACUGAUGUGAAUGACAACCAGCCGAGCAUUAAUCUCAUAUUUCUCAGUGACGAUGCAUCACCCAAGGUGUCUGAGGACGCACGUCCUGGGGAGCUCGUGGCACGCGUCAGUGUCAAUGACCCCGACUCGAAAGCUGAGUAUGCCAAUGUCAAUGUGAGUCUCAGUGGAGGAGAGGGGCACUUCGGUUUGGCCACCCAGGACAACAUUAUCUACCUUGUCAUGGUAGCACAACCACUGGACCGAGAGACUCGGGCUCGGUAUGGCAUGCUACUUACAGCCACGGAUCAAGGUAGCCCACCCCUGAAUGCCUCUCGCUCUUUUGAGCUGGCUGUCACUGACACCAAUGACAAUGCGCCCGAGUUUGACCAGGACACGUACCAUGCCAGUGUACUUGAGGUGGCGGACCCUGGCACAUCAGUGCUGCAGCUGACUGCUUCUGACCGUGAUGAAGGACGCAACUCACUGCUGCGCUAUUCCAUUCAGCACACUCCAGAAACGUACUCACAGUGGUUCCAUGUAGACCCACGCACGGGCCUGGUGACUACACGCACUCCCAUUGACUGUGAAACAAGCCCCGUACCACGUGUCACUGUACUUGCUACUGACAGUGGGGAGCCCCCACUGUCAGCUAGUGCCACACUGCUUGUCACCAUCAGUGAUGUGAAUGACAACGAACCCAUAUUUGACCAGAGCUUUUACAACAUCACUGUGGCCGAAGAUGAACCCGUUGGCAAGUGUGUCCUCAGGGUGUCAGCCACUGAUCCUGACUGCGGCGUGAAUGCCAUGGUGAACUUCACAUUGGGUGGUGGAGCCAGCAGUGACUUCCGACAGCACUUUGCUGUGCAUCCCAGCACUGGGGAACUGUGCUUGACAGCCAGCCUUGACCGGGAGCAGAGGAGUUCCUACGAGAUCCCCAUUGCUGCGACUGAUCGAGGUGGCCUAAGCACUAUGGCUAUGGUGAAGGUGUACGUGCGGGAUGUGAAUGACAACCGGCCCAUCUUCUACCCACGCGAGUACAAUGUGAGCCUUCGUGAGCAGGACACCCUGGCUGCUACCACACCUGUGGCCGUAGUGGUGGCCAGUGAUGCCGACUCUGGGCCCUUUGGAACCGUCUCGUAUCACAUUGUCAGUGGCAAUGAUUUGGGCAUUUUCCGAGUUGACCCCACUUCAGGGGAGCUACUGGUGGUUGGGCGCCUGGGAAGGUCGCAGCCACUGCAUGAGCUCCGGCUGGCAGCACAGGACGGGGGGGGCCUGCGAUCGCUGCUCGAUGCCCGUGUCUACGUCAGUGUGCUGGGUCGGGGCCAGCGGCCACCCCUUUUCCAGCGACCACGCUACGCCUUCCAGGUGCGGGAAGAUGCUGCACCAAGUACUGUCAUUGGCACUGUGGCCGCUGCUGCUGCUGGUGCUGCUAGGACCCCUGCAGCUGGGGGUGGUCAGCCCAAGGUGCGCUACUCCAUCUACUCUGGCGAUCCUGAGGGCUACUUCUCAAUUGACACCCACCUGGGCAGUAUCCGUGUGGAGCGCCCUCUGGACCACGAGGCGCACCCAUUCCUGCUUCUGAACGUGCAAGCUACGGCUGGCACCCAGCCCCCUGCCUAUGGCCACACACAGGUGAACGUGACAAUCUGGGACGUCAACGACAAUGCACCACGCUUCGAGAGUGCAGUGCUCAAGCUCAGCUUGCCUGAGAAUGUGGCCGUUGGUACAGCGACAUAUGUGGCACAGGCGCACGAUGCUGAUGCAGGGCGAAAUGGCGCGGUGCGCUACACGCUGCUCGAGGCACCCCCAGGUCUCUUUGAACUCGGGUCUCGAUCGGGGCGGCUGGCCCUGCUUCGGCCACUGGACUACGAGACGCAGCCUCGCUUGCACCUCGUGUUGGGCGCUGCUGAUGGGGGCACUCCAGCGCAGUCGGCCUCUAUGACGUUGCUCAUUGAGGUGCAGGAUGUCAAUGACAAUCCCCCAGUCUUUGACCGACCUGCGUACAGUGUCAACGUGCUGGAGUCCCUGCCAGUCAACUCGCACUUCUUGCAGGUGAGUGCCACAGAUCGGGACACUGGCAACAAUGCCCGGCUGACCUUUCGGUUGACAGCGAGCAGCGAGUUUGGCAUCUUCCCAAACAGUGGCCUGCUCUACCUCCGUGAGCCACUAGACCGGGAAUCCUGCGAUUUGCACUGGCUCUCAGUCGUGGUUGUGGACAAUGGCAGCCCGGCCAUGUCAGCCACAGCCAGUGUGGAAGUGCACGUCCUUGAUGCGAACGACAAUGCACCCGAGUUCAGUGCCAGUGCCUUGGAGCUGAUUGUGCCAGAAAAUGUGCCAGCAGGCCACCUGGUUGGUAGACUACAGGCUCGUGACCAGGACACUGGCAGCAAUGCUGUGCUUCGCUACAGCCUGCUGCAUGCCAACAGCAGCAGCUUUAAGAUCGACCCAGCUACUGGCGAUGUGCACAGCCUGGCCACCCUGGAUCGUGAGGCCCAGGCCAGUUACGAACUGCUGGUACAAGCUCAAGACCAGGGCACCCCCACACUCUCGAGCACAGCACGGCUGCGGAUUCUGGUGUCCGAUGAGAAUGACAAUGCACCAAUCUUUGUGGAACCCCUGGACCGCAUGCUGAGUGUGCGUGAGCACCAGCCUGCUGGCAGUGAGCUGGUGCAGGUGCGUGCUGUGGAUGCCGAUGAGGGGCCCAACGGCCAGGUCGUCUACGAGAUUGUUCCAGGCAGCGGUCAGCAACGGGAUGGGCGUAUGGCCUUUGCCGUGGAUGCACACACGGGCCGGCUAACCACACGGCUGGUGCUCGACCGCGAGAGCCAGGAGGAGUUCUCGCUGGUGCUGGUGGCACACGAUGGGGGCCAGCCACCUCGUGAGGCUCGGCUGGCACUGCUGGUGCGUGUCCUGGGCCUUCACCAGCCGCCUGGAGUGGCCGCUGGUGGCUCCACCCGGAGGAUGCACGUCCGUGAGGGAGCGGCUGCAGGCACUGUGUUGGGCUCCCUGGCACCACACCCAGCAGGGGCCACCUUUUGCCUCUUGGGUGAACCGCUUGUCUUUGAUGUUGGUCAGCACUCCGGGGAUGUGUUCACUGUGGGGGAAGUGGACUUCGAAAUGGCCAGCGAGCACCAGCUACAGGUGCGAUUGGACGAUGCUGGCACCACCACACUUAUUCAUGUCCAGAUUCAAGUGGAAGACUUAAACGACUGCACACCCACCUUUCCGGAGGACCCUGUGCACUUGUCUAUUGCUGAAGACAUCCCCCAAGGAACUGUAGUGUGGACGUUUGCUGCUCAAGACUUGGACAGUGGCGAUAAUGGCAAGUUGGUGUACCAGCUGGACGAGGAAUGGCCGUCUGUAGGCACCUUUGAGGUGGAGCCUUCCACCGGAAAGCUGAUGGUGCGCACCCCCUUGGAUCGUGAGAGCCAGGCCUCCUUUGUGCUUGUUGUCAGGGCACAGGACCAGCCAAGCUCGGGUGCUCCACUGGCCGCUCGUGUCACCUGCUAUGUCAGUGUCGAAGAUGUGAACGACCACAGCCCAACUUUCACCUCAGCUGCAGAGGCUAGCAUUGCGCCUGACGCUCCUAUUGGAGCCAUCUUGCAACAGCUCAUUGCCAUUGACUUGGACGCUGAGGAAAAUGGCCACGUCUCUUACCACAUAGCAAGUGGAAAUGAUGCAGGAUACUUCUCUCUCGACCACGACACAGGAUUGCUGACUGUUGCACAGCCCCUGGCAGAGUUGCCUGAGCACCUUACUUUGAACAUCACUGCCAGUGACAAUGGAUCACCACGUCGUAGCGCCCACCAGGAGCUGCACGUGCGCCUCAGUGAGGCGCCACAGCGGCCACCACGCUUUGACCAGCCACACUACGCAGCCAACAUGUCUGAGGAUGCUCCCGUAGGCACUACCGUGCUCACGGUUCAUGCCUCAGGAGGAGGAAAUCUCUCCUACAGCCUUCCCGCUGGCGGUGGCCUCUUUGGGGUGGACACACACACUGGCGUGGUGCAUACCUUGGCACUGCUCGACCGAGAGGCACAGGCGCAGCAUGAGUUUGUUGUGUUUGUGACAGACGGGCAGAAUCAGGCAGACAGCUGCCUGGUAUUAGUGUGGCUCCUGGAUGCCAAUGACCAGAGCCCAGAGUUUGAUGACUCGUGCCGAGGCCUGUCUGUCCCUGAGAAUGGACCACCAGAAGUGCACGCCAUGGUGGCCUGGGACCGCGAUGAAGGCUCCAAUGCUCGUCUGCUCUACUCUAUUGCAGCGGGGAAUGUCGGGGACAAGUUCCGACUGGAGCCCCGCACGGGUCGACUGCUGACGAGUACACCGUUGGACCGGGAGUCGGUGUCCGAGUAUCGGCUCACUGUGCUGGCCACCGACCAGGGCAGCCCUGCCCGCACAGGCAGCUGCACCCUGGUGGUGACAGUGGUAGAUGAGAAUGACGAGCCACCUCGCUUUGAGCAGGCGGUGUACAGUGCCAGCGUGGCCGAGGACGCUGCUCCCAACACGACAGUGCUGGCGGUGCGGGCCCACGACCCAGACCUAGGACUCGGAGGCCGUGUCUCCUACUCGCUGGCCAACGAGACAGCAGCCCUGUUUCGAAUAGACAGUGACACGGGUGUCCUCACCACAACGGGGCUGUUUGACCGUGAGAAACGUGCCAGCUACACUUUCGAGGUGCUGGCUUCGGACAAUGGCCGCUACCAGGCCCACUGGGCCCAUGCCCGUGUGCAAGUCACCGUGGUAGAUGUCAACGACAAUAGCCCCCGCUUUCUUGAGUUCCCCUAUGUGGCCCACAUAAGCCCUCACGCCCCCCUUGGAUCCCAGGUGGCCCUGGUACAAGCCCAUGAUGGAGAUGACGGUCCCAAUGCAGACGUGUUCUAUACCACACCGAGUGGUGGCAAGCUGCACCUCGACAUGGACACUGGACUGGUGACAGUGGCUGCAAGUUUGGUGGCCGACAGUGGCCGGCUGCUGCACCUGGAUUUGGUCGCUCGAGAUCGUGGUCGUCCCUCCCGCAUGGCCAGUGGAGUACUGGAGGUGUGGGUGGGGCACGUGGCAGGCCCACGGCUGGAGUUCUCCAAUGCAAGCUAUGUGGCAAAGCUGCCUGAGGGAGCAGCCACAGGCUCAACAGUGCUGCAGGUUCAUGCCUCAGCCAGCAGCCAGCCUGGUCUGGCCGUCAGUUACAGCCUAGGGCCUGACCAGGAUCACGGGCCAUUUGUGAUCCACCCAACCAGCGGCACUGUGCGUGUGCGGGAUUCCCAGCAGCUGGACUAUGAGGAGCGGCCUGAGCUGGAGCUGCCACUGUGGGCCCAUGCGGAGACACCUUCAGGGUCAAUGCUACGUGGCUAUGCCCGGCUGUUGGUGCAACUGCUGGACCAGAAUGACAAUUCACCGCGCUUCUCCCAAGAGCGCUAUGUGGCCUCCGUCUGGGAAGGACGCUCUCGUGGAACCUUUGUCGCUCAGGUGUCAGCGUUGGAUUCUGACCAGGGCAGCAGGCUGGUGUACCACAUAGCAGGUGGUAAUGUGGACCAAGCAUUUGUGCUGGAGCCACCCUUGAGUGGCCGCGUACGCACCAACACAGUUCUGGAUCGCGAAAUUCGUGACACAUAUCUGCUCACCCUUGUGGCUACUGACGAUGGCCAGCCUCCUCGCACAGGCUCAUGUACUCUGCACAUCACAGUCAUUGACGCCAAUGACAACCAGCCCGUCUUUCCUCCGGACACUGUCAUCAGCAUUCGUGAAGAUGCCCGAGUGGGCUCCACAGUGACCACCAUCACGGCCAAUGACGUUGACACGCACCCCGUGCUGCGCUACUCCCUGGCUGAGCCACGUGGUGCCUUUGUGGUGGAUCACUUCUCGGGCCGCCUGCUGCUGGCCGAAGCGCUCGACUAUGAGCAGCAGCGCGAGUAUCAGCUGCGGCUGCAUGUCUCCGACACGGCUCAUGUGGCUGAGACCCUAGUCACUAUACGCGUCCUGGACACCAACGAUCAUGCCCCUCGCUUCCUGCAGCCCUCUUACAGUGUGCUCAUUUCUGAGUCAGCUGCGCUUGGGUCAUCUGUGGUCACUGUCAGCGCCACUGAUCUCGACUCUGGUGACAACGCCCAUAUCCACUACAGCUUGACCGGCUUUUCAGACGGCUUUUAUAUUGAUAAACAAACUGGCACAGUGUACACCAACCGAAGCCUCGAGUGGGACCUGACUGAGCCAGUGGUGCAGCUGCUGGUUCGAGCAACUGACAACGGUCACCCAGCCAAGUCAAGUGUCAUUCCACUCCGCAUCCACCUGGCGGACAUUAACCAGAGUGCACCCAAGUUUCUAGAGACUGUCUACAGAGCCAGCAUACCAGAGAACACCCUUCCGGGUUCGACACUCCUGCGAGUAUCAGCUAGUGAUCAAGACGGGCGUGUGGAGUACCGGCUCCUGGACACAGCCAGUGGGCGGUUCGUGCUCAGCCGUGGGUCCCUGGUGCUAGCACGGCCACUGGAGCCACGUACACGAUAUGCACUGCGCGUUCUGGCCACGGAUCUGGGCCGGCCACCACGCAACGCCACUGCACAGCUGCUCAUAAAUGUUGAGGGUCGUGGGCCACCGGCAUUUGCGCAAGCCCGGUAUGAGGCAUCCGUCUCGGAGGCCGCACCAGUGGGCCACACGCUGCUGCAUCUGGGCCCUUCGGUGCCAGGCCUCCGCUAUGCCAUCAGCUCGGGAAACCGGCUUGGCUGCUUCCAAAUCGACGCAGCCGGCGACCUGGUCGUGGCCGCAAUGUUGGACUAUGAUGUGGUCGCCGAGCAACGACUUGUGGUGCGCGCCACAGACAGCAAUGGCCGGGCGGCAUUGACCAGCGUGCUGGUGCGCUUGCAGGACGAGAACGACAAUGCUCCCCGGUUUCCGUUGGCCGAGUAUGUUGCCUCAGUUGAAGAAGGCGCACCUGUGGGCAGUCCACUUCUUGUGGCACGAGCCAUUGAUGGUGAUAGGGGUCCAUUCGGCAGGCUCAACUACUCACUCAUUGAAGGCGCCCAGUUGGUCAGAGUGGACGGCUCUACAGGUGCCCUGACCUCGGCCACCGUGUUUGACUACGAGGCACAGCCACACUUCCAGCUCACAGUGCGCGCCACCGAUGCAGGCGGACGUUGGGCAACGGCCCGUGUUCACGUUCAUGUUCUAAGUCGAGAUGAGUUCGUGCCAGUGUUUGACCAGGAAGAGUACAGGUUUGCAGUGCCCUUGGGUGCCCCUAUAGGGCAUGUGGUCGGGCGUGUUCAUGCAACAGAUCGUGAUCGUGGACCCGACGGUCGUGUUCUGUACCAGAUUCGUGGUGGCAGCGUCCACUUUCGUGUGAACGCAUCUUCGGGCACACUGUCCGUUCGUGCCCCAUGGCCCGGUGGCAGCCGCCUUCAAGUGGUGGCCAGCUCGGGUCGGCGUGGCUCCUUGGUGGCCACCACUGGAGUAACCCUGGAGGAGGCACCCGCAGCGCCUGCUGCUGCUUCGGCAUCACGUGGCCUGCCGGCCUGGGCAUUGGCCUUGCUGUUACUUGCGUUGACAGCCGUGGCUGGGCUCGCAGCUGCUGUGGCACUGCUGCGGGGCAGACUACAGACCAAGCGGCCUGCCGAGCCUAGCCUAGACACGUCAUUUGACACGGUUGACUUGCGGCGGGACCCAUUUCCAGCCUUCUACGAGCGGCCUGAUGAUGCAGCAGUCGCCAUGCACACUUCCGAGGUGUCUGAGCAGUCGAGUGGGCGUGGCUCAGCUGAAGAUGAAGACGAGGAGAUUCGCAUGAUCAAUGAAGGGCUGCGGCCACAAGGCGACAGUGGCUCUGACAUGUCAGUGCGCAACACCCACGAAUACCUAGCCCGACUGGGCAUUGACCCUGCAGCACCGAUUGACUCGUGGGCAAAGGCACCCAGUGCACCUGCUGAUGAUGAAGACUUGUCAAGUUUGCUCUAUGCAAAGCUGGACGAACCAACCGAGAGCCUGGGUGAGCCAUCAAUGACUGGGUCAUUAAGCUCAAUUGUGCAUAGUGAAGAGGAGCUGGCUGGCUCAUACAAUUGGGACUACUUGCUUGACUGGGGUCCGCAGUACCAGCCACUGGCGCAUGUCUUUGCUGAAAUUGCUAGGCUCAAGGAUGAUGUGCGGGCUGGUGGUGCCCCGCCACGUUCCCCUGUUGGAGGCGCAGUCGAUGACAGUUAUGCUGCCGCCCUGUCGCCCUCUUUCUCUCCUGCGCUGCUACCACUUGCCUCCAGGUCACCUUCACCACUGCCUUGUCUGCGCCGUACACCACCAGACUGACAUGUGCCAUGCUCUGUAAAAAGCUGUUUAUUCUUCUUUAAAUGUAGAUUUCACUGGCUGCACACAUUCCAACUUGUUACAACAGGCAGCAGUGGGAAAUAGCGACAUGUAAUGUUCUGCCUCUGUAAACCAUGUAAAACUGUUGAUGCAUCAUUCUGUUUGCCAGGUUGUGAGCAUAUCAUUUUGUGUAUAUGCAUUUCACUACAUAUCCAUCACUACAUACUAGUGCAGUGCACUGGCAGCUGCAUUCACUUAACAUUAGCUACAUGACCUUGGAGGUCCUAUCACAUAGGCCACUUCAUAGAAUGAAUGUAGAACAAAAGUGGGUGCAUACACCUGUUAGACCUCUGCUAAUCUUGAUGGCAGCCAUGCUGUUCCAAAUUGAGGUAUCCAAAUGGUGGAUCAAAUUCAGCAGUCAUUGCAACAAUUGUCUUUUUAUAUUAUGCGCUCCUGCAUCUACUGCCAGCUUUUGCAGCUCGCUAUUCCAUUAUGUAGUGUCCGUGCAAGUAUGUAGUAUGUAGGCUGAAGCUGGGUUUGUAUCGCUUUACAGAUUGAGAAGAGCUGGUCUGCACUCUUGCCCCAAAAAAGGAGCUUUUGGCUGUGGUCAAUAACUGAUCAAUGUAUCUUAAUUUGAUUCCUGUAUAUUUCAAAGAAACUAGAGUGCUGUGGUCAAGUUUACCUACUGCAUUGACAGGGUCACAAAUGUAAAAUGAGCACAACCCUAGCAUCGGCUGUAACUGAGCGUCCGUAUGGGCCUUAUCAAUACAUUUUAAUUCGUGCAUGUAGACUGUACUUUAUAAGCUGUGUGCUCGAGAACACAUCUUCCUCCAAAGAGGCACAAUUGUGGUGAGAACACAUGUAUAUCAUCCAAGCCAUUGCACCAUUAACUUAUGCUCUCCAUUAUGUCCGUGCAGAAUAUAGUUGCCCAAGCACGUAUUGCAACUGAUAAUAUUACAAGUGAGCGCAGGGUGUAAUGAAAAAGGAAGAGACAUACUGUAUAACGAUAAGCUGACAUUUAGCAAUGUCUCCCUUCAGCCUCGGUAUUAUAUUUUUGCAAGUUCAGCAUGUUCACGAUGAUGUAUGUAGUGUCACAUUUCUUGAAUAUGAGGUUUUCAAGUUUGCCUUUGUAAGUGUGCAAAUCUUGCUGCAAAUAAUAGCGAAAUACGCUAGCUGCGUUCGAGCAAGAUAGUACCACACAGGAUCCUCCUCAUUGAUCUCUACCCUCUAACACAGAUCAACCUGGCAUAUUCUCAUUUGGCACAGCUGAUGAGCUCUCUCUCUUCAGUGAUGCAUCUUGCCUUUACUUACUGAAUCAUCAGCCUAUUUUUAUGUUAACUGCAGGACGAAGGCCUCUCCCUGCUUACUUACUGCAAACAUCUUGUUAUUGGCAAGCUCUGUAAUUUCACGCUAAACUUUUUUAAUAAUUCAUAUGCACUGAAGUUUUGCUAAAUAACUAUCCCACUGUAAUAUAAAAAUGGCAUCACUUUGAGACCAAUUUUUUUGCAUAUUAUAGGCCAUUAACAACGAACAUUGGGUCCUAGCAGAAGUAAAAGAAUUUUCAAUGUGCCAGUUUUUUUUAGACUGUACUACUUAAUUUUAAAAAAUUGUCUAUUGCAGAUAGCAUAAUUUUAAUCCUUGAACUCUAUUUCUCAAGGUGGUAUUCAUUACUUGCACAAUUCACAAUUGCACAAGUCAAUGAAUGAUUUACUAAUUACAAAAUUUGACCAAGUUUCUAAUUUAUGAAUUGUACCCAGUGAGACUGCAAGACAACGAAUUCUGAGAAUGGCAUGCACCACAAAACUUGCGAUAUAAAAUGCACUGUUGCACAACUUACUUUCUUUAGGGAGUUUUAGAUUUAGCGCACCCAAACAACUUCUGGUACCCGAAGGGAUCUUUGUGCACCCAAAGUGACACGCCCUGCUGGUGUUCUUUUGUAUACCUCCUUGAAUUCUUUUAUAAGCCCAGCAGUUUGCAUCCCCAAACUUUGGGUGCACAAAAUCUAAAACUCUCUAUUAACAAAACACCAUCUUAUGCAUUGAAUCACAAAAAUAAUGAAAACUAAUGUAUUUCGUCACACACUUUGGAAAUUAAUACCUCAAAACUGGUGUCAUCCUGAGAAUUCAUUUGAUUUCGCAUUUCAUUUCUCAUGCAAGUAAUGUAUAGACUACAAUUGUGGUAUCUGCCCUGGGAAUUUUUUUUUUAUUCCGUAUAAUUAGAAAAUAUACUAAAACAGCUGGCUAGAUUAACUGCUCUGACGUGGUGGCACGAGGUGAUACAAUAGAUUGACAUCAGAAAGAUGCUCUAUUGGGGAUCGUGCAGUCAUCAUCGUGAGCGCAGCCCAUCAUUCACCAUUGCUGCUAUUUUGUUUCAACAAAAUAUUUUUAUAAAUUUUUAAAGAGUUCAUCAAAUUUCUACUGUGCACAGUCGUGAUAGAUUCUCCUGGUGCAUUGUGGGCGUGACAAGUUUGCUUUUUAUGCCGAGUUUUCAAACUUGUGUUGCUGUAACAGAUAUGCAGUCUGCCAAUUGUACAGUCAAAAACUAAUUCUGGGGUAUACUUAUAAUUAUUGGUCCUUGCUGUUGACAAUGUCGUUUAAGUGGAUGGCGUUCUUGGUUUAUUCAUUAUAUAACUUGUAGCAUUACUGUGCCUGAUCUUGUAAAGCUUCUGUCACUUUCACUGCCAGUGGUUCUCAACUGCAAGACAUAAGCAAUCUCAACUAGACUUUUUUUUUUCCCCCUUCUUGAGUAUUAUCAAUGUGUGUCCUAUAUACCAAUGCAAUGUGGCUAUUAAAAGCUGCAGUGCAACAUAGAUUCCUAUUGUGAUCAUGACUGCCAUCACUGUGCCAACUACUCUGUAAAACCUGUGAUGUAGUGGAAUUUUUGGUAAGCCACUUUACAACAUGCUGAAACUGCUUUGCUUUUGUGCCUUUAUCCUCCCUGAUGUGCAGUAGUGCAAUUGUGUACAAAUAUUAUUGGCAGAAGCUGCCCUGUAAAUAUAAUGUUGCCCCAGAGGCCGCUUGGAACUACCUCAUAAGUGCGGCUUGUGUGCCUGAGCUCAGCAGGCUGGUGCAGUGAGAAAUAAAGUUUUGCUAGAUCCCUUCA